AAUUACGUGCACAACAUAAACAGAGUAGUAUUGUUCUUGAAAUAGGGGAUUACUUGUAAUUGAUCCCUUUGUUUCAAGUUUCAACUCAAAAACUACAACGAUAUGGAGGGCGCUAUUGUUCUAUAUCCAUGUCCAGGAAGUGGUCACCUAGUCUCCAUGGUUGAGGUAGGAAAACUCAUACUUUCCAACCAUCCUUCUUUCUCAAUCUCUGUUAUUAUCCCCACUGCUCCAUUCGAAACCGCUGCAACUCACGACUAUAUAGCCGCCGUCUCCAAAGCUAUACCCUCCAUCACCUUCUACCAUCUCCCACCGGUCGCUCUCCCUCAAAAUGCUUUGUCUAUUGCAAAGGAUUUCCCAACCCUAGUUUACAAGCUUGGUCAACUCAAUAACCCUAAUCUCCUUGAAACCCUCUUGGCCAUUUCCAAGCGCUCAGAAGUCAAAGCAUUUAUUAUUGAUUUCUUUUGCAACGCUGCAUUUCAAGUCUCGUCAAGUCUCAAUAUCCCAACCUACUAUUACUUCACCUCUGGAGCAAACAACCUUUCUUAUUUUAUUUACUACCCCAAGAUUCAUAGAAGCUUAACCAAGAACUUGAAAGACCUAGAAGACAUGAAAUUAAAUGUCCCUGGCUCACCGUCCGUUCGAGCAAAAGACAUGCCAGAAUCCAUGUUUGAUCGUACGACUUAUGUGUAUCAGUGCUUGGUGGACACUGCCCUCAACAUGACAAAAUCUUCAGGGCUUCUCGUAAACUCGUUUGAAUUGCUUGAAGAAAGGGCUUGCAGAGCACUAGCGAAUGGAGAAUGUGCACCAGGCGACUCCAUGCCACCCGUGCAUUUCAUAGGCCCAGUGGUGAGUGAAAAGAAGGAAGGUAGUAAAGAAAAACACGAGUGCCUGAGUUGGCUCGACUCUAAACCGAGUCAAAGCGUAGUGUUUUUAUGUUUUGGAAGCAUGGGGGUGUUUUAUACAGAACAGUUAAAAGAAAUUGCAAAUGGGCUAGAGAGAAGUGGAGUUAGAUUUUUGUGGGUGGUGCGUACUCCACCACCGAACGAUGAGACAGUGCGCAGGUUAGCAGAAACUGAUCCAAGUAUAGAGUCAUUCUUGCCGGAAGGGUUCUUGGAGAGGACAAAAGAUAGAGGAUACGUGGUGCAAUCAUGGGCCCCACAGGUGGCUGUACUGAGUCACAACUCCGUUGGCGGGUUCGUCACUCACUGUGGUUGGAACUCAGUUCUUGAAGCGGUAUAUUCUAGCGUGCCAAUGUUGGCUUGGCCUUUAUAUGCGGAGCAGAAGAUGAAUAAAACGUUCUUGGUGGAGGAAAUGAAGGUAGCAUUGCCAGUGAAUGCGUCAGAGGAGGGAUUGGUGAGUGCAACCGAGUUGGAGAAACGAGUCAUUGAGUUAAUGGAGUCGGAUAAUGGUAAAGCGGUGCGACAGCAGGUUAAAGCAAUGAAAGAGGGAGCUGCGGCGGCCACGAGGGAGGGUGGGUCAUCUCGUGUCGCCUUAGCCAAGUUGGUGAGUCAUUUAAACAAUGAUAAGUGAGUUAACUUGGUGGUGGUACCCACUUGGAUUGAGUUCCAUUUAAAGCAGAAAAUUCCAUCGGUUCAUUCUGGAUAACAUGUACUUGAUAUUCCGAGGAAGAUGAAAAGAAAUUAAAUAAAUUAUUAAUUUGAGGAAAUAAACUUUUUCGUUA